AUGGGCGGGGAGGCGGGGACCCCCCAACGCCUAGGCCAGCCCGCGGCUCUUCUCUGGCUGAUGCUGCUGAACGUGGCCACCCGGGAGCUGCGAGGGUCCCCAGCCACGGCCGCCCCCGGCCCGGCUGCAGGCGAUGGGGGAGCGUUGACGGGCGGCGCUCCGACUUGGCGAGCACAGCGGUUGGCUCCGGGAGCUGCAGGUGCGUUGGGGCCGCCAUUCGGGCCAAGAUCUCCUAGCCUACAGGGCCUGAGGGCGGCCGGCUGUGACCAGGGCCUGGCUGCUAUACGCCUGGCCCUGGUUUUCCCAACUGUGAAGCAGGGAGAGCUUCCUGGUUGUGACAUUUGGGGCACCAACAGUGUCUCUAUUGUAGGUGGCAGCAGAGUUUCCACAGUGUGCGGGAAAUCCAAGGUGAUGGGGAGGAUCUAUGGUGGCCGGGACGUGGAGGCUGGCCAGUGGCCGUGGCAGGCCAGCCUGCGGUCCCAGGGCUCGCACAUCUGUGGAGCUGUCCUCAUUAACUCCAGCUGGCUUCUUUCCACUGCCCACUGCUUUCUCAAGAAAUCCAAAGCCCCGGAGAAUUACCGGGUUCUGCUAGGAAGCACCCAGCUGUACCAGCACACCCCUCAGACCCGGGAGGUGUCUGUGAGCCGGAUUAUCACACACCCAGACUUCGAGAAGUUACAUCCCUUUGGGAGUGAUAUUGCCAUGUUGCAGCUGCUCUUUCCUGUGAACUUCACCUCCUAUAUCAUCCCUGCCUGCCUCCCAGUCCCUGGCAUGAAGCUCCCCAGUAACUCAUCCUGCUGGAUAACUGGCUGGGGGAUGCUCAACGAGGAAAGUGAGAGGGAGGGUAAGGUGAGCUUCAUUGAGAACAAGUUCUGUAAUAUGUUAUAUGGAUUUGCGAAAGGCAAGAACUUGUCUGUGCAGGAGGACAUGCUGUGUGCUGCAGACUUCUCCACAGGAAAGUCCAUCUGCCAAGGCGAUUCCGGGGGCCCCCUCGUCUGUGACUUCAUCGGUUCCUGGGUUCUGAUGGGGCUGGCCAGCUGGGGUUUUGACUGCCGACACCCCAUCUACCCCAGCAUCUUCACCAAUGUCACCUACUUCACCGACUGGAUCGAAGAGAUCCAGAGACUCACACCCCACCCUGAGCCCAUGUCUGCUCUUACACCGCUCCCUGAGCCCACGUCCACUCCUCCACAGACCCAGUUUCCACACCAGUCUCUGCAGGCUGCCGCCUCGUCCAUGCUGGGCACAGCCUUUGGGCCUCCACAGACCUGGCCCCUGCUACUGUUCCUGCUUGGUUCUCCGAGGCAAACCAUGUGGUGA